AUGUUGAAAAUAUUUCGAGGAAUUUGCCAUGCUGUUCGAGCACUCCAUAAUCACAAACUCCCUAGCGUUUAUAAAACGGAAUAUGCAAAUGGAAAUGCUCCCCCUAAUGGACAUAUUAUAAAUAAUGAUAUACGCAGCCAAGUAGCGCCAACGCAACCUCAAGCAGAGGAGGAUAUUGUACCAUUUGCGCAUAGAGACAUCAAACCUGGUCAAUCAUUUGAUAUUAUUUUAUGCAGUAACAUAUUAUUGUCCGAUGACAUGCAAACUCCUGUCCUAAUGGAUUUUGGCUCCUUAGUCCGGGCACGGAUAAAGGUUGGUAACAGAAGCAAUGCUUUGAUGCAACAAGAAAUAGCGGCAGAGAAGUCUACUAUUUCUUAUCGUGCCCCAGAAUUAUUUGAUGUCAAAACUAAUAUUGACUUGGAUGAAAAAGUCGACAUUUGGUCAUUGGGGUGUACGCUUUAUGCCAUGGCCUACGGAAAAUCACCUUUUGAGAAUAGUAUUAAUGAACAAGGAGGUUCAAUAGCAUUAGCUGUUCUUAAUAAUCAAUUUAAGUUUCCCAAUACUAAAGACGAUAUCUACUCUCAAGACUUUAGAAAUCUGAUUAACUUUUUGUUAGCAGUAGAUCCGAAAGAUCGGCCUAAUAUCCAUCAGGUGAUAGAGAGAGUUGAUUUAUUGAUUGAACAGCUUUCUGGAAACAAUGGCACAAAUAUUUAA